AUGCUUUAUAAAGACUUCGCUAACCCAUCCACUCCUUCACAGCCUACUUUGGCAACUCGUCGCCGCGCUUCAUCUCUACCAGAAUUGCAUGAGUUGCGUGCAAGACGAAUCUCGUAUGAUUUCGAUCCAGCUUAUUAUAGUCUGAGAGGAGACAUAAUAACAUCAGAAGAGGUGUUUUUAACCGCGCAGUCUUCGCCCAACUCAUCUUCAGACUAUAUACCACUAGCAUCAAUUGAGACACGUGAGGCGUUUGCAGCAAUCGAACGAAAUAGGAUCUCUUCGAAUUUGAAUGAUCAAUUUAAUGAUUCCUUGAUAUAUAGCGAUGACUAUAUUCCUCUAUGUUCUUAUAGACCACUCCGAACUUGGAAGCGUGUGAACGAAGUCCGUGAAGACCGCCCAAGUUCGCCUGAUCACUUCUAUGGAUCUGACCAGACGCUUAGCCGACGUGAACAAAUAUUGAAGCUAUUUCCAACGAUCCCACCGCCACCACAGGUCCCUUUACCCUCACUUCCACCCCCUAUCUUUCUUAGUGGUAGUGGGGCUGCAGAGAUAGUUUGGAGAUAUCAGACUGAACCAGCCCUAUCCCGAGCUCCAUCACCACCUACAAGCUUACUCCGGAAAGCUUCAAUUGGAACCUUUGGUGAACCUAAACUUUCUCCUGCAAGAGCACUUAAACAAUCUUCAGCAUUUCUUAGACCAAGAACCAUGUCAGGAAAAUUGCUCAAAAUGUUUAAAUACGGUCGAGAUUGA